UGCAUUUCAACCUGUUUAAUUCUGGACUAAAUGUGGACUCUGGAUUCUUAACACAUUAUCAAAUUUUUUUGUAAUGUACUUUCAUUUAGUCAAUUACAUUGUAUAUUCCACAUUCUUUAUACAUAGGUACACAGGACCUGCAGGAUUCAGACGAUCAGAAGAGGACUCAGGAUCAGAAACAGGAGAUGAGACACAACUUACAAUCCGAGCAGAACAGUACAGGAACCGAAGGAGGAGCAAAGGUGCCCUAAAGAGUCCCCUGAGCAGAACUGCACUGACACUAGUGGGAAUCAGUGCCUGUGUGCUGGCUGUGGUGUGCGGCUCCCAGCUGUCCUGUCCGCUCACUGUCAAAGUCACCCUACACGUCCCAGAGCACUUCAUUGCAGAUGGGAGCAGCUUUGUAAUCAGUGAGGGCAGUUACCUGGAUGUAUCAGACUGGCUGAACCCGGCCCAGCUGUCCCUUUACUAUCAGGUGAACGCCAGCUCUCCUUGGGUGCGAGAUCUUUGUGGACAGAGGACCACGGAUGCCUGCGAGCAGAUUUGUGACCCAGAGACAGGUGAGUGCAGUUGUCAUGAAGGUUACUCUCCUGAUCCGAAUCACAAACAUCUCUGCGUGCGCAGUGACUGGGGUCAAAGUCAAGGACCCUGGCCAUACAACACUCUGGAGAGAGGAUAUGACCUGGUGACAGGAGAGCAAGCACCAGAGAAAAUACUGAGGUCUACUUACAGUCUGGGGCAAGGCCUUUGGUUACCGGUCAGUAAGAGCUUUGUGGUUCCUCCGGUGGAGCUUUCGAUUAACCCCCUAGCCAGCUGCAAGACAGAUGUGCUGGUGACAGAGGACCCUGCAGAUGUGCGGGAGGAAGCCCUCCUCGCCACACACUUUGAGACUGUUGAUGACCUGCUCUCGUCCUUUGGCCCUGUUCGAGAUUGCUCACUCAGUAAUGGUGGAUGUUCACGCAACUUCAAGUGUGUCUCAGAACGCAAAGUGGAUUCUACAGGGUGUGUGUGCCCUGCAGGUCUGAGGCCGAUGAAGGAUGGAACUGGUUGUUAUGACUACUCCAAAGGUAUCGACUGCUCAGAUGGAUCCAACGGGGGUUGCGAACAGCUCUGCCUUCAACAAAUGCUGCCCCUUGCAGAGAACCCCAAUGAGCACACCAUAUACAUGUUCUGCGGUUGUGUAGAAGAGUACCGGCUGGCUCCUGAUGCUAGGUCCUGUCUGUUGCUGACUGAUAUUUGUGAAGGUCCAAAAUGCCUGCGUCCUGAAGAUCGUCUGAAUGAUACUCUGUUCGGAGAGAUGCUGCAUGGUUAUGACAACAAGAGCCAUAGCGUUAACCAGGGACGAGUGUUCCAGAUGAGCUUCCGGGAGAAUAACUUUAUCAAGGAUUUCCCACAACUGGCUGAUGGUUUGCUGGUGAUUCCACUCCCAGUGGAGGAGCAGUGCCGAGGAGUUCUGUCUGAGCCACGUCCUGACCUGCAGCUACUCACAGGUGAAGUGCGGUACAACGAAGCAAUGGGAUAUCCUAUGGUGCAGCAGUGGAGAGUGCGAAGCAAUUUGUACAAGGUCAAGCUCAGCUCAAUCUCACUGUCCACAGGAUUUGCCAAUGUGCUGAAGAUCCUCAGCCCAGAGAGCAGCCGUGAUGAAUUAAUCAGUGUCCUGAGGCAAUAUGGCACUCACUACAUCUCAGAAGCUCUGUAUGGCUCAGAGCUCACUUGCACCAUCAGGUUCCCCAGCAAGAAAGUACAGCAGCAGUUAUGGCUUCAGUACCAAAAAGAAACUACUGAACUGGGAAGCAAAAAGGAGCUAAAAUCCAUGCCAUUUAUUACCUACCUGUCGGGUCUGUUGACUGCUCAGAUGCUCUCGGAUGACCAACUUAUUCUGGGAGUGGAAAUUCACUGCGAAGAGAAGGGACGCUGCCCAUCAAGCUGUCAUUUGUGCCGACGGGCUGGAAAGGAGCAAGUCAGCCCCACACCUGUGCUCCUUGAGAUUAACAGGGUCACCCCUCUUUACAGCCUCAUGCAAGAUAACUCUACAAGAGAGACUCUCCGAAGUGCAUUUAUGAGCUUAUAUUGGUGUUCCGGGAAAGGAGAGGUCAUUGAAGACUGGUGCAGAUGUGACUUAAGUGCCUUUGAUGAAAAUGGGUUACCUAACUGUAGCCCUCUCCCAACACCUGUGUUUCGUCUCUCUCCGGGCAUGGAGCCCUCUAGCACUGUUGUUGCCUUAGAAUGGCUGGAUGUGCAGGCAGCUAUUGGAACCAAAGUAUCUGACUAUAUCCUGCAUCACAAGAAAGUGAAUGAAUACACAGACACUGAGUUGUAUACAGGUGAAUCCCUGAGCCUUGCUGAUGAUUUGCUCUCUGGUUUGGGAACUGCUUGUGUGGCAGCUGGUAGGAGUCAUGGGGAGACAUCCGACAACAGCCUCUACUCAGUCAUCUUUAAAUGCCUUGAAUCUGACAGUUUGUACAAAUUUUCUCUUUUUGCUGUGGAUACCCAUGGAAGGCAUUCUGCACAGAGCUCUGUCACCUUGCGCACUGCAUGCCCUUUGGUCGAUGAUACCAAGGCUGAAGAAAUAGCAGAUAGAAUUUACAAUCUAUACAAUGGAUAUACAAGUGGGAAGGAGCAGCAGACCGCUUACAACACACUGAUGGAAGUGUCUGCCUCAAUGUUACUCCGUGUUCAGCAUCACUAUAACUCCCACUACGAGAAAUUUGGAGACUUUGUAUGGCGCAGUGAGGAUGAACUUGGACCUCGGAAAGCCCAUCUUGUCCUUCGGAGACUGGAAAAAGUCAGCAGCCACUGCUCAGGUCUACUACGGAGUGCUCAUAUCCAGGGCCGAAUAGAUACCAUGCCCUAUCUAAUCUGUCGGAGUGAGGACCUCCGGACUCAAGGGUUUGUUUGGUAUAACAUUCUCAAGGAUAAUAAAGUUACUUGUGUAGAAAAGAUGGUGCCCAUGCCUCGUAAUAUGUAUGGAGACUCAAAGGGUCGAUGAGUGUACCCCAGUAUUGUACUCUGAACAGAGAUUGGCAGGAAAACACAUGGUCAUGCCGAGUGAAGUCACAAGCAGCUAAGUGAAUGUGAAAGGUCAGUAUCAGUCUAGAUCCUAGAAACUGACUAGGCGCUGAGGACAACAAAUAUUUCUAUUUGUGAGAUCCUUAUUGGACAAAGAAAGACAACUUUUUUUUUUUUCUUUCUUUUUUUUACUACAUAUUUUGUUACGAAAAUCCUGAACAUCAUCAAAGACUUAAAGAAAAUCUGGAAGAGUUACCAGUCUGGGAAGCAAAAUGGACAUUCAACACAGGCUACCAGACAAUGCCAGAUGAGGCACUCCUUUAAAAAUAAAUCCGUUGAGGGUUUUGCUAUCCCCAGCCACUUCUUUUUUUUCUUGGCAUCUGUUUUUUAAUUAACGUGAAAAACAUCAAGAUUUUUUUCUAUUUUUCCCUUUGAGUUUGCAACUCAACUUACUUGCUCAGUCUUGUUUAUAAAGACUGAAAAAAGACACUGGUACGCUGUGUGAAUUAAACAUCUUUCUGCAGUA